CAGUCCGGCUAUCUGAUCGCUGAGGGGUUCAGUUUCAAAUUCUGCGACUGCCUGUGAAGAACUGAGCUGAGUGGUCUGUGGAAGGAGUUCAGGCAGAAAUCAGCGCUGCAAUGGGGCUUUUCCUCGGCAUUCUACUCUGCAGCUUUUCGACCUUCUGGGUUCAAAUCCAUGGAACUAAUUUUAGACUUUACGGCUACGAACCUCAAAGAAACGUCCCCGCUGUCAGGUACUCCCGACCUGAACUGCCGGUCUACGCCCAGGGAAAUCAAGCCGCCCCCAAUCCUGCAGUUUAUGGCAAUAAUUACAGGUUUUAUGGCUAUCAUUUUCAUCAGCCGCAGAGGAGUGUGCCAACUGUCAGGCCCCCCUGGCCUAUCAGCCGACCAGAGCAACCAGUCAUUUUGCAUCGCACCAACAGCAGCAACGACACAGACACAGGGAGAACAUGUAAAAGUCGUCCUUUGGAUUUGGUGUUUGUAAUCGACAGCUCCAGAAGUGUGCGCCCAUCAGAAUUUGAACUAGUAAAGACUUUUAUUUCUGAUAUGAUUGACACAUUGGAAAUUAGUGAAGUCACCACAAGAGUGGCAGUUGUCAACUAUGCCAGCACUGUCAGAAUUGAGUUCCAUCUCAAGACACACUUCAACAAAGUGAACAUGAAGAAGGCAGUGGCACAAAUACAGCCUCUUUCAGCUGGUACAAUGACUGGUCUUGCCAUCAAGGAUCUGAUGGACAGUGCCUUUAAAGAGGAGUCAGGUACACGACCACGAUCCCUAAAUAUCCCAAAGGUGGCCAUUAUUGUUACAGAUGGACGGCCUCAAGACAAGGUUGAUGAGGUAUCUGCACAAGCCAGAGCGACUGGGAUUGAGAUCUAUGCAAUUGGAGUGGGCAGAGCUGACAUGGAGUCCUUAAGGCAGAUGGCUAGCACACCACUGGAUGAUCAUGUCUUUUAUGUGGAAACAUAUGGUGUAAUUGAGAAACUCACCUCCAAAUUUAGGGAGACCUUUUGUUUUCCAGGUGCAACUCCAGUUACAAGCUUUGACCCUUGUGCAGCUGGAAAUCAUGACUGUGAGCAAAUUUGUGUCAGCACUGCUUCAUCUUAUUACUGCAGAUGUCAGGAUGGAUUCGUCCUUAAUCCAGAUAAGAAAACUUGUUCAAGGGAAGCAAGAGCACUUGCGACAACUGACCCAUGCAAGUGUGAAUCCUUGAAGGCAUUUCAGAAGACUGUGCAAUCCAGCAUACAGUCCCUUACAAGUCGACAUAUCCUUUUGAAACUUUAA